UAUGCCUCUUUUGUGUAUAUCUAAAUCUGUACUACUUUGGCCAAACCAUUAGCCUCUCUUUCUCGGUCUCCAUAAGAAGAGAGAGAAAAUGGGAGAAGAUCAACUUUGAAGGUCUCUGUUGAAUUUUAAGAUUCGGGAUUGAAGUCGAAGGAGAACAAAAAUGGGAGCCGGUGGCAAGAUGUCUAAUGCAACAACUGAUACAGAACAGAAGAAAAAUCCUCUCCAAAGAGUGACAUUUUCAAAGCCCCCUUUUACAAUUGGUGAUAUCAAGAAGGCCUUCCCUCCUCACUGCUUUCACCGAUCUCUCGUUCGCUCGUUCUCCUAUCUUGUUCAGGAUCUCAUACUUGUCUCCAUCUUUUAUUAUACUGCCAACACCUACUUCUACGUCCUUCCAUCCCCGUACCAUUACCUAGGAUGGCCUAUUUACUGGGUCGCUCAAGGUUGUGUUUUCACUGGAAUAUGGAUGAUUGGCCAUGAAUGUGGCCACCAGGCCUUCAGUGAUUACCAGUGGUUAAAUGACACUGUUGGUCUUAUCCUCCACUCUGCACUUUUAACGCCAUACUUCUCGUGGAAGUAUACUCAUCGUCGUCAUCACUCCAACACUAGUUCCCUUGAGCAUGAUGAGGUGUACGUGCCCAGGCUUAAAUCUGAACUAAGAUGGUUCUCUAAGUAUUUGAACAACAAUCCAAUAGGACGAGUACUCGGACUUGCUUGCACCCUCACUCUUGGGUGGCCUUUGUACUUGGUCUUUAAUGCCUCCGGGAGAGCUUAUGGUCGCUUUGCAAGUCACUAUGAUCCACAUGGGCCGAUGUAUAAUGAUCGCGAGAGGCUACAAAUCUAUAUUUCAGAUGCAGGCGUGAUUGCAGCUACUUAUGUGCUGUAUCGCGUUUCUCUGGCUCAAGGGCUAACUUGGCUCGUAUGCAUCUAUGGGGUGCCCCUCCAAAUUAUGAGCAGCUUCAUAGUGUUAAUCACUUUUUUGCACCAUACUCACUCUUCAUUGCCACAUUAUGAUUCAUCCGAAUGGGAUUGGCUAAGAGGAGCUCUAGCUACGGUAGACAGAGACUUCAGUGUACUAAAUAAGGUCUUCCACCACAUUACAGAUACUCAUGUUUUGCAUCAUUUAUUCUCAGCCAUACCACAUUAUCAUGCACUUGAGGCAACCAAAGCUAUCAAGCCAUUACUAGGAGAAUACUACCAAUUAGAUAGAACCCCUGUUUAUAAGGCUGUAUGGAGGGAUUCGAAGGAGUGCGUUUAUGUGGAGAAAGAUGAAGGAUCUAAAUAUAGAGGUAUUUUUUGGUAUAAUAACAAACUUUGAAAGAUGAAUAAAAAAAGAAAGUUACUUCGAUUUGGUUUAAUGUUAAGCCUGAGUUAUGGUAAGUAUUUUGAAUUUAGGAAUAUAGUUUGUUAGGAUUGUAGUUUCCUAUCAUUUUAUUAUGUAUCGUUUUUAUACCGAAUUGUAUUGUACUAUAUUGUGUGGUUGAAAUAUAAUGUUUUGAUAGAUUGUAA